AUGUCUGCCAAUGACACCACGAGUAACGUGUCGAAUGCUUGUGGUUUACCUGAACACUCGUCAACUGACAUAAUAUGGAAAACAUUUGCCUAUUGUUUCAUUGCAUUCGGUUCUCUGUGCGGAAACUCCGUUGUUAUUUUUGUCAUUUUCAAGAACCGCAACAUGCGAUCGACCAUAAAUUACUUCAUAGUAAACAUGUCAGCAUCUGAUAUCCUUUUCGCCAUUUUUGUGAUUCCUCGCCUCAUAUUACAGCUAGAUAUGCCUGACAGAUGGCUCAUCGGCGGGAUGGUGGGCUCAAUGCUCUGCAAGAUCGACCACUUCAUUCAAGAUGUGUCGACAGCCGUAUCCAUUCUCAGCUUGGUAGCCAUCGCUGUUGACCGAUUUUAUGGCGUGGUGUUCCCAAUGAAAGCCGGUCUCAUGAGUGGAAAACGAGUUCGAAGGCUUUCCUUAGCAGCAACUUGGUGUUUGGGAGCAUUGCUCCACCUACCCUACUUUUACGCUUACAAACUCGUCGACGAUAAGUUUUGCAGCUACAAUUGGUAUCCAUUAGCUGAUCAUGCUAAAGCGUCUAAGUUCUACUUCAUAUUUCUAUCAACCAUAUUAUUCUUCUUUCCUGCGGCCAUUUUGAUAAUUGUAUACAGUAUAAUUAUCAACACACUACGACGGCAAAAGUUCCCAGGCAACCAGUCUCUCAAAGACAAGAAAAGGGUCGCUAGACGCAACCGCAGCGUUUUAAAGAUGGUUGUGGUAGUUGUAGUCGUCUUCAUCUGUUGCUGGCUGCCUGUCAACGUAUCAAUUUACAUCCUUAUCUUUCACUGGGGUCCCAACAAUGCUCCUUGCUAUGGACGCUUAUUAUUUUUUUGGGUUAUUUUCAUCGCUUAUUCAAAUGGCUGCAUAAGUCCCUUCCUGUAUUUUAUUUUCAAUCAAAAUUUUCGUCAAGGCUUGAAAAAAGCCUUUCUAGGGCAAAAUAAUCGUGAUUCUGUUCGAAGAAAUCAGCGUUCCUCUCACCGUAAAACGGAUGAUAUAAGCCUAACAGCUUCGCAAAGGCAGAAGAAAUAUUAA